UAUAUAUAAAAAAAAAGUCUUUUUCUUUCUUUCGUAUACUCUCUCUCUCUCAAAUAUAAAACUACAUAUCAAUGGAUUCCAGUGAAUUUCCUAGUCUUACUGAUUCCAGAAGCAACAGUAUGGAUAAAUCCACCUUGGGCUCUUCUUGGGCUGAGGUAGCACAACCACAUCCUCAUGAAGAACACGCGUCAUCCGCUAACGUUGUGGAAAAUAAGGUCGAGAGUAAUCUCGAGGCAUCCAACAAGAAGGUAGAUCACCGUCCAGGCGUGUGGGAAACAACUAAAGAAAAUGCUACAUUUGCUGAUAUUGCCGGUCACGAGAAAAAACAAGCGGAUGAAUUCCCUACACCUCAAGAAAGUCUUGCUAAAAUCGAUAUUCCUCCUGCUCCUGCUUCAGGUGGUGUAGGUGAUUUAUUACAUAGUCCUUCAUAUGUUCCCGAACAAGAUCCAUUAUUACCACCUAACCCAGAUAGAUCAUUUGCUGCUGUUACCUCACACGAAGGUUUCCCCAAACCAGAACAUGAUGCAUCUCCCAUCUCUGAGGAACCUCCCUUAUCUUCCCUUCCUGAUGUAAAGGAUAUGUUGGAAAAACCCUCAGUUCAUAUUCCUCCUGUUCCCAAGGCAAAGAGUUUUGCCAAAGUAGCGGCCACAGAAAUCCCACCGGAGAAGAGACCUUUGAGUGAGCGCGCUAUCAACUUUCUUAAGAACCAGCCUUCAGAGAAGGAUGAACCCUUGGCCAUGACGGAUGAAAAUUUCCCCACGUUAGGACAAUCGAAUUUAAUGGCCGAACAUCGCGCUUCCAUUGAAGAAGAAAGAGCCGUGUAUUCUGAAAUUUCGAGAUUCAAUCAACUCAACGAAGAUUUAGAUCCCAAAUUUGAUCCUACUUUACCCAAAUCAUUUGCUGAUAUCACUGGUUCCAACCUGGAGAAUGCUCCUCCUUCAGCCAUUCCUCAUGUUGAUCAACAUCCAGUGUAUGAUGAAGAGCUCGUGUAUCAACAAAAUGAAAAGAGAGAAGAGAGAAAGACACAUCAUCUUGAACAAGGAAACAAUGAACAAUUGAUCAAGGAAGAAAACGAAAUGGAUGUGACACCUGCAAAGAUUUUGAAGGAAGAGUUAAAGAAGGAACAUAAGACCACCGAAAAGAUUGAAACAAAACAAAUCAACGCUGAAAAGUCUGAAGCCCAACCCGAAAAAGCAAAGGACAAUGUGGUAAGAAACAGAGGCAUGGGACAAAAGAGCAGAGGUGUUACGGAUGAUGCAAAGGACGAAGACGCUUUAUCUGUUCGUUUGCACACAUUUGAUAAGAGUCGCACUGGCGUCAUUACAAUUUUUGAUACAAUCACAGCAUUAUACAGAUUGGGCCACUCAUGGUUAACCAUUGUUCCCGGAGCUUACUUGAUGCAUCUCCGAUUAUCUCCCUUAACUUCACCUCAUCGUUUCCCAUUCAUCUAUCGAUCGAUUUCUGACUUGAUUUUACUUCCAAUUUACACACGUAAUUUGAAGGGGGCAUUAGCAUACAAGACACCCAUGUUACAUCAAGGCAAGGACAAAGUCAACACUAUGGUGGAAAAAUAUGGACACAAGUCUGGGUCUUCCAAGGGUCUUGGUUAUUGGGAUGGACUUAGAGCGAUGCGUAGUUUAGAGCAAAACUCGUUAAGGUGGUGGCAAAUCGGUCUUUGGGCUGUUCAUCGGGUCCAAUGGUCUUUAGCGUACACCAUGUUACAUGAGCCCAAGUCUAAUAUCGUCACUGCUCCAACCCUCAUCGCAUUAUCUUCAGACUGAAGAAAAAAUCACCUUUUUCAAUCCGCACCGUAUAUAUUCAUAAUAAACUAAUCAUAUUUAAAAAUCACCAA